UUGCUUAAUUUACAGCAUUCAAUCUUUGGCAUUCUAAAGAUUAGGACGCGAGUGAUCAAAGUGUGUCGGAAAACAAAAUUAAAAACAAAAUGUUUAAAAUCAUAGCAGUUUUAAGUUUAGCAUUAUUAGCGGUUAAUGCUUACGAUUUUUCGGAUACAUAUUUUAAUCAAUACCUAUUCCAAGAAUAUGAAUCGUUGAAUUCGAAUUUAUUAUCCCGUCAUCGUCGUGAUGUUAGCGAAGUUGCCAAGGAUGAGAAAAAGUCCGCGGACGAAAUGAAACCCAUGGAGGAAAUGAAACAAAUGGAUGAAAUGAAGCCAUCCAAGGAAUGCGAUGGCCAGUUCAACCACAUGAUGAUGAUGAAAAAGGAUUUGACUUGCUGUGAAUCGAACAAACAUGAUCCCAGUUAUUUCUCAAUGAUCCGUGAAACCAAGAAACAAUGCGCCAUGAAAUUGAGAACCAACAAUCCCGAUGUUGAGAACUUCGAUCCCUUCAACUGUGAAUACAUGGCCAAGAUUAAAGACUUGAUUAUUUGCGAAAGUGAAUGUGUGGCCAAAACUCUAGAUUUAUUGGACGAAAAUGGUGAAAUCAAACGUGAUGCCGUCGUUGCCAGUUUCAAGAAAUCCAUGUCAUCGGACAGUGAGGUGCAACACAAUGUUUUGGAAGAUUAUGUGGACAAGUGCUUGGCUAAAAUGAAGGGCAAGGAUUUGAAACCAGCUGGCAAAUGCAGUAGUGCUCCCAUGGAAUUGCAUCAUUGUAUGUUCGGUGAAAUGGUCUCGGGAUGUCCAGCUGAAUCUCAGGUCAAUACACCACGCUGCCAGAAGAUUCGUGAACGUUACAGCAAGAGUCAGACAUUGGCUUUUGGCAAACAUGUUUUACACGAAUUUUUGCAUUCCGGACGUGGUCGUCAUCAUGGCCACAAAGAUCAAAUGUAAAUUUUUGGCCAAAAACACAAAAAACUAGGAAUGAUGUAU